AUGGCUGGCAUCGACCCCGCGACCGGAAAGGUCUCAAAGACGACCCUCAACCUCGGCAACCUGCCUCCUCGGAAAGGAUCCGUUGCGCCUGUUGCCUUCCCCCGCACUCCAACUCGUGUAAACCCCAACCAGCCCCCUUGGCCUGCUUUCCGUGGUUACCAUGAGUACUCAUUCGCCCAUGCUGUCAUGGGUGUCCGUCUCCCCACGAUUCUCCACAAGGCGAUCCAGGAUGUCUACCUCACCUUGAAUGCCGAGUACGAGGAGGAGCGCAUCACAGACCUCCUCAAGUGUGUCGAUAGAAUGGAGGUUCUCAUGGACGACCUCCAGGGCAAUGCCAAACUCCGCCCCAUCAUUGACGACGGCGCUGGUGACGUCGCACUCUGGAACAAGGAAAUCUCCAAGUACUUCAAGGGCAAGGACUUUAUGAACGCGCCGUGGCUCUUCGCCGAGGCGUACAAGUACCGCCGCCUCCGCGAGUGCUUUUCGCUCAGCAAGUUCUGGGUGGAGUACGAUGUCUUCUUCCGCCAGAAGUGCGAUACCUUCAGCCGUUCGGCGGCGGCUGUCAUGGAGCUUGCGUCGCGCUUCGCCGAGCCCGCCACUGUUGACAAGAGCCUGUCUCCCGAGGACCAGCGCACCAAGAAUAAGCUCAUCUUCCACGAGCUCGCUCAGAUCUGUCUGUGGGGCAACUCGACCGACCUGUCGCUCUUGAUCGACAUGACGGAAGACGACAUCAAGGCGCUCCAGUCAACUGGUGGUGAUCACCUCGCUGCCACCGAGAAGAACAUUCUAGGUAACGAUCUUAAGGUCCUUGGCGACCUUGUCACUGGCCUCAAGGGCGGUCGCAUCGACUUCAUCCUCGACAACGCCGGAUUCGAGCUCUACACCGACCUCGUCUUUGCCGACUGGCUCAUCCAGUCGGGCAUCUGCCGGGAGGUCCACUUCCAUGGCAAGAUCCUCCCCUGGUUCGUCAGUGACGUCCGUCGCCAGGACUGGAACUGGAUCCUCAACCAGUGUGUCUACGGCCACCUCUUCCAGUCGGAGGACCAGAAGAACGACGUCAGCGAGGAGGACGUGGCUCUUCUCCGGAUCCUCGGCAAGCGCUGGAAGCAGUUCGAGGCCGAGGGCAAGUUCCAGUACCACCAGCACCCCUUCUGGUGCACUGGCUUCACCUUCUGGCACCUGAACUCUGAGGCGCCCGACCUCUGGGACACUCUAUGCGAGUCGGACCUUGUCAUCUUCAAGGGUGACCUCAACCACCGCAAGCUCACUUACGACUGCCACGCGCCGGCCUCCACGCCGUUCGCACAGGCCAUUGGGCCCCUUGCCAGUGAGCCUGGAGCGCCACCCAUCUGCUCUCUCCGUACAAUCAAGUCGGAUGUCGUUGUCGGCCUGCCUGAGGGUGUUGCCGAGCACCUCGACGAGACGGAGACUGAGAACUGGAAGAUCUCGGGCAAGUAUGCCGUCGUUCUCCUGUCGCGUGGUGACAAGGGUGUCAAGAUCUAA